AUGGCGCCAUCUCCUCUGGAGGAGUCGCCGGUGCUUUGCGUCGCCAUCGUGGGCAGAGACGGAAGCCUCUUAUUCUUCAGAAGUUUUCGGAGGAAGCUGGCCACCCCGCCCGAUGCCGAUGACUUGGAGCUUCAGCUCCUGCUACAUGCCGCGUUGGACCAAGUGGAGGUGCAGAUGCAAAACGUCGCCCAAGCGCUGCUGAAGGGUGAGGCAAAGGGCUCAGACCCUUAUCUGGGCCUUCUGUCCCCAGCGCUUUUCGACGCUCAGGACUGUAACAUCUAUGGCUACGUUGCUGCGACACGCGUCAAAGUGUUGGCUGUCGUUCGUGAUGGAGUGUGCCGGCAGCGCCGCGACGAGGAGGCGAUCCUGCGGUCGAUGCUGAGGCAGCUGAAUCUACUCUACGUGGAUGCUGCCUCCAACCCGUUCUACAGCGGACUUGGCAAGGUGCCGCUGCUACAUGCUACGACUCUCUAG